GCUCCCAUUGUUUCCACAUUCACUGCAUUAUGAAGUGGCUCAACUCAAACCAAGUUCACAGUCUUUGUCCCAUGUGCCGCCAGGAGUGGAAGUUCAAAGAAUAAAACGCUUGUACCUCACAAAUUGUAAAUUUAAGGAUAACUUAUGUAAAAUGUCGUCUCCACCUUCGAUGCCGUUCACCUUGCCCCCUUUGCCAAAAAGCCUCAGCGGUGCCUUCGACAAGGACAACCUGGCCCUUCUGCAGGAGGAGAUGCUCAAACAGCAGCAGUUGCAGCAGCAACCGACUCGCCAGAGACCAACGCCUCCCCCGAGGAACCCGCCGCCAGCCCCACCUCGAAAUCCGCCUCCGCCACGCCCUUCCACCAAGAGGCAUGCACCGCCGGUGCCGCCUCCGCCUGUCAGUUUGCAACACCAGAGCUCCUCGUCCCGUCUGCCAAUUUCGUCAGUCAGGACGUCGUCAUCUCUUGAUGCUCAAUUGGCUGUUCUCAGACAGGAAAUGGUUGGUCUAAGGCAAUUGGAUCUCUCCCUUCUCUCACAGCUGUGGGCGCUCAAUGAAAACAUUCAGGAGUUCCGAGCGAUGCUGCAGGAACAGGAUGAGGCUACGCUGUCUCCGCCCUCGGCUGAUGAAAAUGACGAGAUGUUCCGCCUGGCGCCCACUGCGGGCCUCCGUUUGCCAGGAGCAGCUGUCCUUCCUGCCGUACCUGAGCAAUACAUACUCUCGAGCAGCUCCUCAGAGUCGAGUGUUGAGUUUGGGAAUGUGUGAACUCGCAGCGGCCCACACUGAAUCGGGUUUUAAAUUUGAGAGACAAGUUAAUGAAUGAUGCGGGUGUGUAAACAGAAUUUGUAAAAGCAACGCUGCAACAUUGAAAAUUUAUCCUUGGAAUGAAAUUGAAAAUUUUAUUCUUGUCCUUGCCAUACUAGUAAUUUAAAAUAUAAAAUACUCUGGAUAAUGGAAAAUUGUAAAAAUUAAUUAUGAUGGUAUGUUAAUAAAGCUUGGUCAAAUAAAAGACUCUUAAUCAUUCCC